ACUUGACGACACACCUGGCAACACCUCUCAACAGGCUAAAUCGAUUUUGCAUACAUUUGUUCUAGGUCACAGUGUCUGUGUUGGGAACGUGACUAAAAGAGAGGGAAAACAUCUGUUACAUUUGUUAUAAAUUGUCGAGAUAAAUGCUCAAACACAUUGUGAACACAUUUAUUAAAAUUGUGCUUAGUAAAGCUCAUGGUCACUCGAUCAGUUUUCCCGUACAUUAUCUGAUCCUGAAAGAUCCUCUUUAUUAUUCCGAAAAAAUCAUUUUUCGAAGUUUUUCCUCAUUAUUAUUAUUUUUUUACAAUUUUAAUAAAAUUAGAAGUUCAUUAAUUUACUUUUUUUAACGCGGUCAAUGUACGCUAUACACUUUAGAAAGAAAGCUGAUCGACAUUUUAAGAAGUAAACAGAUUUGUAUCUUUGUUUUCAAGUGUAGUGAUCUGAAGUUUGUGCACACCGGCGUCUCAAGGACUGUCUCCACAAUAUUUUUUUCUUUUUCUUUUUUUUUUUUUGUGAGCUGCAUAUCGAUCAAAAACUGUGUUGGGACAUGCGUACAUUAGUCAAGUCUUUUGCCAGGAGGCUAUCGAUUACAGGAGAAUAGUCUGCCAGCUACCCGCCCUUCUUUCCUUGCAGGUGUUGUGGCGGGAAAAAAACCCUCGCUUUGGAGGGCGUGGUGCUAGGCGCAGAAAAGUCUGGGAUUGUCAAGGUGACUCGAAGGGCAGAAACCUACGCGCACAUGUUGGGCGUCAGAGCCUCUUCACGCAACAAACCCCUAGCGCCCUCGCCUGCAACCUGCGUCGCCAUGGCAACAAUAGACCAGAUUUCAGCGGUUUGACUCGGUGCCAACGCGCACUUUUUUCUUUUUUAAAAAACUUUCCAACCCUAAAACUGGUUGUACACCCGCACGGAACUUUCUAACCACCCCCCUGCAGCAGGUGUCGUCAGCUUGGUCAUCGCACUAGUCAUCGCCGACGAGCCAUGCUGUGGCUGCUGCACCCGUCCUGGUCUCGGGCGGUGGCGGUGGUGUGGACGCCGUCACCCGAUGAGUCUCGUGAAGAGGAACUGGCGUGUCCCCUGCUGAUGCUGGGGGGCGGCGCCGCUCUAGCCAUCAUCGCUGUCGUCACCAUGCUCCUUAACCUGCUCUUAAUCUUCGCCAUCCUCGUCAAUCGUCAGAGCCGCAGUCGCUCCUUCCCUCUGCACAUCGUCAACCUGGCAGCUUCCGGGAUUUUACAGGGUGCGGGUGUUCUGCCCUUGUGGAGUUAUUACCUUAUCUCCGGCACGUGGCUCCAUGGUGACGACGUCUGCCGCUGGUGGCUCGCCGCGGACAUCAUGGCAACAUGUGCGUCAGCUCUGGCCAUCAUCUUUAUGGCGUGCGACAGGUUCGUGUACUUGGUGUGCUGGAAGCACGUGCAGGAAGGUAGCAAAUACGUUCUGUGCUGCACGCUCCUGGCCUUGGCCUGGCUCCUGGCAUUGACCUUGACCCUUCUUCUGUCUUUGACCGAGGACACACACGCCAACAGCAGUGGAACUGGGCCGCUGGAGGGCAACCACUGCUUGUGGGGGGACGAAAAGCGAGGGACCGUGGCCAUUGCAAGAGUGAUUGUGUACUCGCUGGGGGCGGGGUUGGGAGCGGGGCUUAGCCUGGCGCUCACCACCCUCUCCUGCCUGUCCAGGGGCGUGGACGUCCUCCCCAUCGAAGAGGACGACUGGCAGAAGAAAGAACAGUUUCUGGCCGAGGAGCCGCUGAACACAGAGCACGCCGGUAGUGUCCUCCGCUCCUUGCCCCCUCCUCCUGGUCAAGGAAGACCACUUUCUACUAACUUCCGUCAUCCGGAUGAGAGGAGCUCGGAGGGAGACAGGCACGACGAACGAGAACAGUGGCGCGGGCAGGUAGUGUCGCUGGUGGUCGUGGCUGUUGGGUGGGCGCUGAUGUGGCUGCCGUCGCAUCUCUGUAUCUUUGCCGAUGUCCUGGGUUUGGACUGGGAGCUGUCUAGUGAGGUGGUCGGUGUGUUCGUGGUGGUGGGCUACGCCAACGCCGCCAUAACGCCGCUGCUGUGGCUUCUCCACAAGCCGAUCAGGAGCGUCGUCGCCGAUGUCCUCUGCUGCCGCUGUUGUCAGCUAGAUGAUUUCGACGACGAGGAUGAAGAUGAAGGAGAUGACGAGGUUUUCGAAGAGGUUUUUCAGGAAACGAGACCACACAGACCAGCACUUCGCUCCACUAAAAUAGCUUGUUAAAGUCUUCAAGUGAUUUGACAAGACAGUGGACAAUGUUAAAGGUCUAGUGGGGUGCAAACUUGUUUUCUUACAACCGGAUGUAUUUCGAGAAUGAAGGGGCUUUAUCCAUCCAUCAGACAGAGAGAAAAAAUUACUUGCACUUUAUCACACGAGUGGAAAUGAGCACCGCCAACACCUAAAGCUGGAUCCGAGAAGAGUCAGAUUUCUUAACAAUUCGCUCCCCAACGACCUGAAAAGGUCAGAGGACGAUAUUCAAUGCCCCCUAUAAGAUGGGAGGUAAUAAAGAUAUAAAUUUCAUUUAUGAAGCCAACCAAAAUUGCCUAUCUUGAACAAUUGACAACGAACAAAGCAUUGAAUGGAUAUUCAGAUGUUGCUUAUUCGGUUUUUUUUUUCCGUUGUCUUUUAUUUUAGUCAUCUUUUACAACAACUUGACUGUUCGUAAGAUUUUUAUUAUUGCGAAUAAAUUGCAAGUUUAAAUUGACCGUCAUAGGUAAUAGUAAACAGUUCCUGUUUGAAAUUCAAGAAGUAGAAUCAAAAAUAAGUAUUUCAUACAUCAUGAAGAGAUGAGUAAGAGAGAGUGUGUGUAGAACCAAACAAAAGAGGGAAAAAUUACGUGUAAGUCAGAAUUCUGUGUGAAUUUGCAUGAAUGUAAACAUCUGUAUUAAAGGACAUGCAUAGAUUUGUUGUUUACAACCACUUUAUAAGUUUAUCUAAAUGAGCGAACAAAAUUCAGAGACGAAUAAUUAAAAAAAUCUUACAUCAGCAGUGUGCGUGUUAGUGUGGUCUAUGGGGGAAAAACAGAAAAAAGCACAAAAGUCCAUGGGCACCUUUUUUGGGGUUGUUAGAGUCAGUUUAUAAGUUAAGCAUUUGCAGACUAAGCAGGUGGAGAGAGUUUUGUGAACUUGCCUCUUGUGAAAGACAAGAAGUACCAUUCCAUGACA